CAAACGAUGAAAGCGAUCCAGUUGCUGUGGGAAGCGAUAAUGGAGGCGACGAAGAGAGGAAGAUGGAGAGAAGAUGACGACGACGGCGGAGAAGUAGAGACCAGCGACAAAGCUUAUCUAGAAUCUCUCGUUCUUCCUCCAGAGAUCAUCACAGAAAUUCUUCUCCGAUUACCGGCGAAAUCGGUCGGGCGAUUCAGGUGCGUGUCAAAGCUCUUUUGCUCUUUAUCGUCGAACCCUAGGUUCGCGAAGAGUCAUCUCGAUCUAAUCCUCCGAAACGAAGCCGUACGAUCUCUCCACCGCAGGCUUAUCGUAUCUUCGCAUAAUCUCUACUCUUUAGAUUUCGAUUCGAUUGGAUGCUGUGAAGGAAUUAGGGAUUUAGCGGCUACAGAACUCAAUUAUCCGCUUAAGGACGAUGCGAGUCUUUUCUCUGAGAUGAUUAGGAGUUACGUUAGGGAUCAUCAGUCUGAUGGUGUUGACGAAGAUGAUCGUCGUGUGAUGCUGACGCUGAAUGUGAAACCUUAUAGAAGAAACUGGGUUGAGAUCGUUGGAUCUUCCAAUGGUUUAGUGUGCAUCUCUCCUGGUGAAGGUGUUGUUUUCUUGUAUAAUCCAACCACCGGAGAUUCCAAGAGAUUACCUGAAACUAUACCACACGGAAUAGAUAAUUUCCAAAGUAAUGGAUUUGGUUUCGAUGAUCUCACUGACGAUUACAAAGUGGUGAAGCUUGUUGCUAGUAGCGACGAUGUUUUCGAUGCUAGUGUGUAUUCUUUGAAAGCAGACUCAUGGAGAAGGAUCUGCAGUUUGAAUUAUGAGCACAACGAUGGCUUCUACACGUCAGGUGUGCAUUUCAACGGUGCGAUUCACUGGGUGUUCACACAGACUAGCCAUAAUAACCAAAGAGUGGUCGUAGCAUUUGACCUUCGAACAGAGGAGUUUCGAGAGAUGCCAUUGCCUGAUGAAGCUGAGGAUUGUCAACAUAGGUUUAGAAACUUCGUGGUCGGUUGUCUCAACGGAUGUCUGUGUGUUGUCAAUAGUUGCUACGAGGAGCACGAUGACAUAUGGGUGAUGUAUGAGUACGGUGAAGCUAAAUCAUGGAGCAGAAUCAGGAUCAGCUGGCUGUAUAGGUCGAUGAAGCCGCAGUGUUCGACUAAUAACGAUGAAGAGGUUCUUCUGGAGCUUGAUGGAGGCAUGGUGUUGUACAACUUUGAGACCGCUGCAUCGAGUGUUCUGAGAAUUCGCGGUGUUAAGCUCAGCGACGGGUUCGAAGCCAAUACAUACCUAGAGAGCCUCAUAUCACCAAACUCUUAUUAUAUGGGAUAGAAAAGCUAAAGAAGUCUCUGCUCUCUGCUCUCUGCUCUCUCUCUCUAAAAGAUAGAUAACAUUCAGAUGUGCAUGGUUUUAGUUCAGAAACACAAAUUUAGUAUUCACAUUGUAAUAUGUAUCAUCGAGAGAGAUGAAAAUUAAUAAUACCGCGGAAUGGCAAAUUGUAGUGUACGUAGUUGUAUGA